UCCUCCUUUCUUCUCCUCUCGUCUCGCCUCUCUGUGUGCGCGAAAUACCUCAUACCGACUUGUGCGGAGGAAAGCUCCAAAAUACUUCACAGUUUUUGAUACUUCACUGUUGUUUAACUUUAUCUAUUAUUAUUAUUGUUUUUUUUUUUUUUUUUUGGGAAAUUUGCGAUGAGGGAACCUAAAUCUUCUGAGAAGGCUUCAGACCGGGAGAAAAAAUGGGAUAAGGUUUUCAGCGCGUUAGUGAAGCUGUCCCAGAAUCUGCAGAAAGAUAGGGAGUUUCUUGAACACAAAGUGAAAUCUUCGCUAGGGGUAAUUUAUAGGAUGAAGAUGGAAAUGAAACUUGAGACAAUCGAGGCACAACUGAAGUUGGGCUUGAAAGAGAGGGAUGCUUUCAUCUACAAGCUCAGACAUGAUAAUGCAGAUGAUGAGCUCUCUGACUUGGGGGAAUGGUUGGACUGUGUUGCCCCAAAGGACCCAAAAACAAUAUCAGAUGAUGCUCGUGAUAAUGUGAGGAAGUUAAAGAGUGAUAUGGAAAAGUACAAACUGGAGAAGAGCUCAGAGAUUUCUGCUCUCUUGACAGAGAAGAGUUUUGCUUGGAACCAGUAUAACGAAAUGGAGAGUCAUUUGAGGGAAGAACUGAGGAAGAAAUGCGAUGAAGCCGAACGUGCCAGUGCCAAAGUGCAGAUUCUAGCAAACAGAACAGAGGAACUGCAAUGCUCAAAUGAGAAGUUGAGAGCUGACUUGGCAAAGAUGGAAUUUGAAUCAGCUCAAAAGAGUGAGGAAAUACGUAGGCUUUCAAAGGAAAUGGAGCUCUUGAAAUCAAGAUUGGGGUCAGAGAUAACUCCACUGCCCUUGUGCAAUGGCAAAGCCUUUAGGGGGGCCAUGAAUGAUUCUGCUAAUAGUAGGGUUAUAAAAGGGAGCAAAGAAUCGGGUGUCGGCAACAUCAUUGAUAAAGUAGCACACACUAAAAAAACUGGUCAUAAAUCAACUGGAGGAAAGCCUCCUAUGAAGCUAUCAGUUAAUAAGGUGGGCAAAAGCAGUUCGAAGAGAAGAAUGCUCGAAGAAAUAACAAUCCCUGACACUCCAAAACUCUUCUCAGCCUCGUUUAAAGUUCCAAAACUCAAGCCUUCUUUUAAACCUGAAACAACUUGACCUCCUUUUGCAGCUGUUCUUGCAUAAUAUUUCACAAGCUUUGUGAUUUUGUUGUGUAGUAUAAUAUAACCACACACACACACACACACACACAUAUAUUAUAUAUAUUUAGGAUAUCUGAUCGGUAACUUCAUUAUGAAGGGCUGAUGGUUUUCAUUUGAUAUGUUGUAAUUUUUUUUGUUUCAGUUUGUUUUAGGGCAGUGUAUUGCUGCUUAGGCUGCUAUUUCAUUCUCCUCUAGGAAUUAGGUCCAUUAUUGGAUUAUGAAUUGUCAAGUUUUCAUGUGGGGAUUUUUUGUUGUAUCAUAUUCUGAUAAUUAAUGUGUAGUGUUCCAUCAGUUUCAAUGCUUGGUUGAAUGUAACAUAUAUAGAGAGAGAUGAAUUAAUGAUAUGU